AUGAACAUUAUUUCUGACAUUACUUCCGGCGCCGUUAACAUCGGUACUGAAAUCGCCUCCGGUGCUACCUCUGUCUUUGGUGACGCUACUUCUGGUGUUGUUGCGGGUGGUCAAAGAUUCACCUCUGUCUUCGAGACCAACGGUUCCACUAUCACCUCUGUGAGCGAAAGUGGCUCCUCUAUGACUGACUCCAUGAUGAGCUCGAUGACCGGUUCUAUGGACUCGAUGAUGUCUUCUAUGACUGGCGGCUCAAUGAUGUCUUCGAUGAUGUCUGGUGCUUCUGGUAUGGGCGCUAGCGGCUCUUCUGCCAUGUCCAGUAUGAUGUCCCACAUGUCAUCCGGUGCCAGUGGCUCGAUGUCUUCCAUGAUGUCUUCCGCUUCUGGUCAAAGUGCCUCUUCUUCGUCUUCCAAAGCCGGUGCAGCUGGAUUGCAAGGCAACUGGAAGGUCAAUGCCGGUUUCGGUGCCAUGAUUGGCCUUUCUCUUUUGGCCUUGGUUUAA